CACUAAUUGAUGGGCUGGGUUUAGUUUUAGCUGUUACUCGUGGUCUCUUCCCAGCUCGCGCAGAGUCUGACGCGGGCUAACUACACUACUAGAUAGCAUGCGAGAGGCGAUACACGCCCUGCGUUGCAUCUUCUGGUGCCUCUGAGGUACGCAGAGCACGCGGAUCGAUCAGACCGUGGUAUGAGCCUUCCCGUCCGUUGCCUAUUUGCAUAUUGGCUUUUUCGCGCUCUAGCUCUGCAACGGAGCAGUUUCAGAGAAAACCCCACAUAUUUUCUGACCUUCAUUGCCCGUUCAGUAGGUGGUAUCCUUUGUGAGACGAACGAACACUCGAGAAGUGAG